AUGUGGCGCUUCUUGGCAGUGGCCAGCCAUGCCCUGGCGGUGGAGUGGACCCCAACCAUUUUGGCCGCCAGCGAGCAAAGGAUCAUCUGUCAGAAGUUGGUGAAGGAAGUCGCCUUGAUCGCCUUAGGCGUCGAGGCGGAGAAACACAAGGCUGCUUUGCCCAAGGACAUUCAGGUCUUCGAGGAGACCUUGCACGCCCUUUUAGUGGGGAACGCGACUCGCAACAUCCUGGGCUCCCCCAGUGAGUUGGUGAAGUCCAAGCUGGAGGCAGUGCAAUCCCACUGGGAGGUGUACCAAGUGCUCUUGCAGAACGUGACCACCGGUGACAGCACCGGCAUUUCACAAGCCUACAAGCUGACGGCCUCCAUCAAGCAGCUCUUGCUGGAGGCGUCUGACUUGCUGACGGCAGAAGCCGUGGCCGACGGGAAUGAGGUGCCUAUGGAGUUUACACUCGCGGAGCGCCAGCUGAUGCUGAUCCACGAGAUGCAAGCAGAAGCGGCCCUGGUGGCAUUGGGCACCAACGUCACCAGGGAUUUGGAGAAGAUGCUGCAGAGCAAGCAGCUGUUUCAAGAGUCCCACUACGGUCUGCUCCGCGGAGCCGAGUGGGCGGGCGGUCUUGGAGCCGGGAAGUAG